CUUGGCUGAAUCAAAUUAAGACAUUGUAUGCCAUGGCACCGGCUCAACGUCAACGACAAGUGCUAAAUGCUAGAAGAGAACAAAAAAAAAACCAUGGAGAUAAGACAAAAAGUGAUGGACCAGUUGCUGAGAUGGGACUAAUUUAUCCUGGUGGAGAUAUGGCUUUUAAAUUUUUGCUGACAGCAAGAUUUUGUUCAGCAAUUUGGAGCUACAUCAGUGACUGUGAUGAGACCUACAAUUAUUGGGAACCAAGUCAUUAUCUUCUUUAUGGAACUGGUCAACAAACUUGGGAAUAUAGUCCAGAAUUUGCUCUACGUUCUUACACAUAUCUUUUGAUACAUAUGAUACCAGCAAAAUUAUACUGCUAUAUAUUUGAACCAAAUCCAGUCUUCGUUUUUUACUUUGUAAGAUGUCUACUUUCUGUUGGCUGUGCACUAUCAGAAUUAUACUUUUAUCAAAAUGUAUGCAAAGAAUUUGGUAUUCACAUUGCCAGAUUGACAUAUGUUUUUUUAAUAACAAGCUCUGGAAUGUUUAUAUCUAGUGCUGCAUUUUUACCAUCAUCAUUUGCCAUGUAUUUUAGUACUGUGUCAAUAGCAGCUUGGUAUGGUAGAAAAUAUGAAAUUGCAAUAUUUACAACAGCAAUAUCAGCACUUCUUGGUUGGCCAUUUGCUGCACUUAUUGGUGCUCCAAUAGCUGUUGAUUUAUUAUUCAGAAGAAAAGAAUGGUUUAAAUUCAUAGUAUGGUCAAUGAUAUCAGGUGUUGUUGUUCUUGCUCCAAUGAUAUGGAUUGAUUCAAUGUAUUAUGGAAAAUUUGUUAUAGCACCAUUGAAUAUUGUUUGGUACAAUAUAUUUACAGAUCAUGGUCCUGAUCUUUAUGGAACAGAACCACUUAGUUUUUAUAUAUUCAAUGGAUUUCUUAAUUUUAAUUUUGUCUUUAUUGGAGCAUUAUUUGCACCUCUAGCUUUGAUUUUAGCCUGGGCUGUGGUACCAGCAGAGCCAAGAAAUCGUUACUGUUUGCCUUAUUGGUAUUCUUUGGCACCAUUAUACCUUUGGAUUGUUGUAAUGUUUGCACAACCUCACAAAGAAGAACGUUUUCUCUUUCCAAUUUAUCCAAUGAUAUGUCUAGCUGGUGCAAUAACUGUUGAUGUUGUACAAAAAUUAUAUUUCUUUAUAAAAACAUACAUAAAACCAUUAAAAAAAACAGCUCACUAUCUUCAAGGAACAGUACACAUUAUGGCUGCUGCAAUAUUAAUUUGUGGCUUGUUUGGAAUAUCAAGAUCUUUUGCAUUGUUCAAAGGUUAUUAUGCUCCAAUGGACAUUAUGAUGGAGGCAAAUAAAUUAAGUGGUGAAGGAAUUAUUCCUGAUAAUGCAAAUGUUAAUUUUUGUGUUGGAAAAGAAUGGUAUCGAUUUUCUGGAAGUUUUUUCUUUCCUUCAAAUAAAUGGAAAUUACAGUACUUACAGUCAGAAUUUAAGGGACAGUUACCUCAACCAUUUCCAGAGAUUAAAAAUGGAACAAGCAUUAUUCAAGAUAAUUUUAAUGAUAUGAAUAGAGAAGAACCAUCUCGUUAUAUUGAUAUUGAGAAAUGCCAUUUUAUAUUUGAUCUUGAUACUGGAACUGAGACUGAGUUGGAGCCAAAUUACUCGGAAAAACUUGAUGAAUUUUCCAUUGUAAAAACUUCCAAGUUCCUUGAUACUUCAAUGUCUCAUCCGUUCUUCCGAGCAUUCUACAUUCCAAUUUUAUCGGAUCAAUAUUGUACAUAUAGAAAUUAUAAUUUACUAUUACGAAAAAAUGUCAAAUGGGGAACGAAGAAAAGAUAGUUUUUCAAAGAAUAUAAUUAACUAAUUCAUUCAAGAAGAGUUUUUGAUAUAUUUACCAUUAUCGUUAAGAGUUUGAUUAAUCUUUGGUUUUUUUAUCAGUAUAAAUAUAAAAGAGAACCAAAGAAGAAUACAAUAUUUAAAUAUGUAAUUUGUACAACUGAUUUUUCUUAGAUUAAAUAUAUUAUUAUUAUGUUCGUAUAUAAGAAUGUAAAAUUUAAUUAAUACCCAGUAGAGGAUAUUGUAGUUAAACGACCUAGUAAAAGUAAAAUAAUAAAUUUAUAAUUUUUCAAUGUUAUAAAAUUUUUCUAAACAUGCUUCUACUCACAGAGACUGUGAGCAGAGGCGAUUUGUAAUUUUUCUACAAAGAAAAAAACAUUAAAAUAAAUUUCACGUAUUUUCCAG